AUGGCGCCGCUGCCGCGUUCCUCAUCUUCCUCGCCUGCGCGGAGGGAUGCCGGUCAAGACCCUCGCGCAAGCCCCGGCGGAGGCGAGUCUCGCAGACUAAAGCGGAGUGCAACCGCAGCCCAGCCUCGGUACGCAGGGCGAUACGAGGAGGAAGACGAGAGUCAGGCUGCGCUGCGGGAGCUACUCGAAGAGGAGGACAAGAAGGGAGAAAGCGACUUGUAUGUGCCACUGAAGAAACGCCGGGCAAUGAAAGCCAAGCUGCUGCAGCGGCAGCUCCGCGCGCUUGACGCGCACCUCGUGCGCGAAGAGGCCGCGGACGGCCUGUCAGACGACGACGACGGGCAGCUCAACGAUGAGAAAAAGAAAAAAGAAAACAGCGUGGCGCUCUCGCGGGCGCGGGCGGACUUUCGCAGAACCCUCCUCGCGACGAGUCACAAGUUGCGCGCGGAGGCCGAGGCGCAGAAGAAGGACAUCGAAAAGGAGAUGGAAGAAGAGGAGAAGCGCAUCCUGGAGCAGGUCUCUAAGUCGAUGGGCGCGCCGCUGCAAGGUGUCCGCGAGCGCGCCAAGGGCAUCGUGUAUACAAAUCGCAUGCAGUCGAACUGGGCGGUGCCCGAUAAAUACGCCGAGUUGAGUCUGGCGGAGGCAAACGAAGUUCGCGAGCGCUUCUUCAUCGACGUGAGUGGCGAAGAUCCGCCGCCGCCGUUUAGAAACUUCAAAGACAUGCGCUUUCCCGCGCCCAUUCUCAAGGGCCUGCAGGAGCGAGGCAUUUCGUACCCGACGCAAAUUCAGAUGCAGGGCAUCCCGGCUAUUCUCCAGGGCCGCGACAUUAUCGGCAUUGCGUUCACCGGCAGUGGAAAGACUCUCGUCUUUUCGCUCCCAAUGAUCAUGGGGGCCCUCGAAUCCGAACUGCGGGCGCCAUACCUUGCAGGCGAAGGUCCCUUUGGCCUGGUGGUUUGUCCGUCGCGCGAGCUGGCGAGCCAGACGAACGACGUCUGUUCCUUCUUUUGCGAAAAGCUCCACGAGGGUGGCUUUCCGCGUCUUCGCUGCGUGUGCAUCAUCGGAGGCAUCAGCGUCGUCGAGCAGUCGCAAGCAAUUCGACAAGGCGUUCACUGCAUCGUCGCGACACCUGGGCGGCUGACAGACAUGCUCAACAAGCGCCGCCUCGCGCUGCAGCAGUGCGAAUACCUCUGCUUCGAUGAAGCCGACAGGAUGGUUGACAUGGGUUUCGAAGAAGAAGUCCGAAACGUGCUCGACAGCUUCGGACACCAGCGCCAGACGCUGCUCUUCUCAGCGACAAUGCCGCGGAAAAUCCAAGAGUUUGCAAAGUCUGCGCUCAUCGACCCGCUCGUGGUCAACGUCGGGCGUGCCGGCGCGGCGAACUUGGAUGUCGUGCAAGAAGUCGAGUACGUGAAGCAGGAGAACAAGUUGCCGUAUCUGCUCCACUGUCUGCAAAAAACCGCGCCGCCCGUGUUGAUUUUCUGCGAAAACAAAAAAGACGUCGAUGACAUCCAAGAGUACCUGCUACUGAAGGGCGUCGACGCCGCCGCAGUCCACGGCGGCCUCGCGCAGGAGGAACGAAGCGACGCGGUGCGCGCCUUCCGCGAAGGCCGAAAAGACGUUCUGGUGGGGACUGACGUCGCGUCAAAGGGUUUGGAUUUCCCAGCGAUUCAGCAUGUGAUCAACUACGACAUGCCGAAGGAAAUCGAGAACUACGUCCACCGCAUCGGGCGCACAGGGCGCUGCGGCCGCACAGGUGUCGCGACGACGUUUGUGAACAAGAACCAAGAAGAGACAGUUUUGCUCGACUUGAAGGCCCUGCUCAUCGAAGCUGGCCAGCGCAUUCCGCCCUUCCUCGAGGCGCUCGACUCCAGAGGCUUCAACCUCAAGGAGAUCGGUGGCGUUCGCGGCUGUGCGUACUGCGGUGGUCUGGGGCAUCGUAUUGCGCAGUGUCCCAAGCUGGAGACGCAGAAGCGCCAGACGCAAGGCACCAUGGGCAAGGACUUCCUUACUUCGGGGUCGCGCUACGGCAAUACCGCGCAGUACGGCGGCGACUGGUAA